AUGGACGGACAUAACCAGAUAUUGCGUUACCUGACAUUUACUCUGCCCUUAUUGUCAAGUACCUUUGGCUCGGAAGUGUACGUAAGCUGUGCCACGACUAUUUUACGUUAUCAAGAUGGCCACUUCACUCAACCCAUAAAGCAGGGGUUGGGUAGGGUAGUUUCCCUUGCUGUGGACUCAGACCUGGGGAUUCUGUUCUGGUCAGAUGUAUCGGCGGCAAAACGUGGUAUAUACAGAACUAAGAUAGGGGAUUUCACUAAGGUCGAACGUAUCAUAUCAGAUGUGGAUGUCGUGAAUGGCAUUGGGCUCGACCCUGGCCGCGGUCAUGUUUACUGGACAGACGAAUCAAGAGGGACGUUAGAAGUGGCUCGAUAUGACGGUACGGACAGAGUGGUUUUGCUGGUGGACCAGUUCGGCUUACCCCGCGGAGUGGCUGUACAGGCGACAGAUGGGUAUCUGUUCUGGGGCGACCAAGGAACGGGUCACAUACACAGAUCUCGUCUUGACGGCAGUGAGCGAGCGAUAUUAUUGAAUGAUACCAUCUGGCCUAACGCUGUCGUUUGGGAUUCCUACAGAAGUUCUUUGCUUUGGGUGGACGGAUGGACAAACAAGAUGAUGGCAAGCACUGGUGACGGGGAUACGCAAGCUAUUUUCUCUGACCUGUCAAUCCUGACUAAUGAGUCAUCCUUGUUUGGCCUGACCGUUGACAGUGGGCAGUACAUGGCCACGCUUCGUGAUGGGCGGAUCUUCCUCCUGUCGACCAAUGGGGAAUUAUCCCGUGUGAUGGAGGUCGGGGAUCUGCAGAAUUGUACAGACUUGUUCGCGAUUGUUGCAAGGCGCACCGAAGAAGAUGUCAACGGUGCUUAUCACUUACUGAUAUAA